AUGGCUUCCGCUGGUCGCAGACUCUACAUCGGCCGAAUCCCACCCGACGCUACUCGGACUGAUGUCGAGAAGUACUUCGGUCGCUAUGGCACCCUGAUGGAUGUCCGAAUCAUGGCAGGCUUCGGCUUCUUGGAGUACGACUCCGUUCGUGAUGCCGAAGACGCAGUACACGACUUGAAUGGUCGUGACUUUAUGGGUGAACGCUUGAUCGUCGAGUUUGCCAAGGCCCCAAGAGGUCGGGACAUGCACAGUGGAGGCCAUAGUGGUGGUCCCCGUCGAGGUGGAUUCCGACUUCUCGUCAAGGGUUUAUCCCACGAAACUAGCUGGCAGGACUUGAAAGACUUUGCCCGUCAAGCCGGCAACGUCACCCGCGCUGACGUCGAUCGUAACCUCCCUGGUGAAGGGCUUAUCGAGUUCGGAUCUCAGGAUGAUGCGGACAAUGCAAUCCGCAAGCUCGACGGCACCGAGCUCAAAGGGAUGGUGGUCACACUGAUCGAAGAUCGUCCUGGAGGAGGAGGCCGACGUGACCGCUCACGCUCUCCGGGCGGCUACCGUGACUCGCGAGACCGGGAUCGCAGUCCACGUGACCGCAGUCGUGACCGGGAACGUGAACGCAGUCCUCGGGACCGUCGCUACGACCGGGAGCGCAGACGCAGCCCGCCCCCACGUGACGACCGGGACCGCGAACGUGACCGCGGCUACGAUCGCAAGGAGAGAGAGCGUUCGCCUCGCCGUGAUGUGCGAGCCGAUUCAGUCUCCAAGAAAUCGCCCUCUGAUUAG